AUGGGAUUCUUCUGGAAAACUGCAAAGCUCGGAAUCAAGGUCGGAUUGGUGGCGGGCGCGGUCAAACUGUCAAUCGAUAACGAUAUCUGGUCGACCAACAACGUCAAAGUUCGUUUUUUGUUGUGUUUUUCUCAUAAUCAGUGUAUCUUUCAGGGAUCCGAACUCUAUCAAAAGCUGAAAAAGUACAUUUUGCCGGGAACCGUUGUUUUCCCUCAGCAGGUGAGUGAUCGAGUUCCUAUCCAAUCGUUGCGAACCGAGUAAGUUCAGCUUCCGUCCGUCGAGGAUGUGCAAUUGAAGGCCGGUGGCAAGUGGAACAACGCAGUCGACUCGGUAUGUUCAAAUUUUAUGAUAAAUUAAAACGUUCGCAGUUUUUAAUUACAAAAAGUACUAUACAGCUCACCACUACUUUGUCUUCGAAAAACUAGAAAACAACGGCUUCACUCAUAGGAACGUGAAACGCGGUCCCAAAACUUUCGAAAAACUGUUGUUUCUAAACUCCCAAUUUCAGGUGUUCACGACAAUCGAAAACGUGCCCUCGAGCCUGAACACAGUUGCCAACCGACUUAUCAACAACAAGUAG